ACUUCAUCUUAACUCGUCAGUCGCAUGCUGGCAGUCUUGAAAAUUAGUAAACUUCUACUCCGCUUCUUUGUUGGCAGUAAACGCGGUACUAGCCGGUCGUGAUUUUAAUUGGUGUUCUUGUUUUGUUUAGGUUGUUACUUGAUCAAUUAUGAUGUCGAAGUUAUACGUAGGUAAUCUACCUACCGAUGUCACAGAGGACGCUCUAAGAGAGUUAUUCUCUCAGCAUGGCGUGUCAACAUCCAAUGUUUUGGUGAAGAGGGGCGGAUACGCCUUCAUCGACUGUUCAGAUUCCACUGAAAUAGAUCAGGUUGUUUCAUCACUGAACGGUUGUUCAUAUCUGGGCCACAACCUCGUGGUGGAGCCUUCAGUUGCUGGUGGUGCUGCAAAAAAAUCACUGUUGGAGACGCGAGUGAGGGUGAGCGGCGUACCAGUGAACGCCCACCCUGAUGAGCUCACAUCUUUGUUGCAGACUGUUGGGGAAGUCACUAAAAGCGAGAAAUACGAAAGCAGGGACGGACAAACUCAGGUGGUUCACGUGACCUUCUCCACGGCCGAAAGCGCGCGUGACGCAGCCCAGCGUCUCAACGGUGCUUCCAUGGACGGCGGCCACACCAUCAGAGUGGAUAGGCUGGUGGACAGACGGUCGAGGGUGCCACGAUCCCAGCAGGGCGGAGGCCGUGGUGGCAUUAUGACCGGUGGCGGUGGUAUGGGCGGUAUUCAGCACAGACAUGCGGCUGAGUUUCCUCUCAGGAUCCUCGUGCUCUCUGAGAUGGUUGGCGCCAUCAUUGGACGGCAGGGCGCCACCAUCCGCGCCAUCACACAACAGAGCCGUGCUCGCGUGGAUGUUCACCGCAAGGACAACGCUGGGUCUCUGGAAAAAGCCAUCACUAUUUACGGCAACCCUGAGAACUGCACUAGUGCCUGCAAGCGCAUCUUGGAGGUCAUGCAGGAGGAGAGCGACAAGACCAACAAGGGUGGCGAGGUCUCGCUGAAGAUCUUGGCUCACAACAAUCUCAUCGGCCGCAUCAUCGGGAAGGGAGGCGCGACUAUCAAGAAAAUCAUGGAGGACACUAACACCAAAAUUACAGUUUCCAGCGUUAAUGACAUUAAUUCAUUUAACUUGGAACGCAUCAUCACAAUCAAAGGUUCCAUUGACGAUAUUGCAAAGGCCGAAAACGCCGUAAGCGCCAAGCUUCGCCAGAGUUAUGAGAGCGAUCUGCAAAGCUUUGCUCCUCAAAGCUCCAUGUUCCCUGGCCUUCAUCCCAUGGCCAUGAUGUCAACUGUGGGCUCGGGAGGUCCUCGAGGAGAUAGAGGGGGCAUGAACUCCAUGGGCCCUAUGCAUGGAGGACCUGGCAUGUAUGGCGGUGGCAGCGGUAAUGGAAGUAGCCUUGGGUACACUCCAAUGUACCCGGCGCCUUUCUCUUCCGGCAGCUACUCUGACAACUGCGAAGAGACAGCGUUCCUUUAUAUUCCCAAUUAUUCAGUUGGUGCCAUCAUUGGCACUAAAGGUUCGCACAUCCGCAACAUCAUUCGCUUCUCUGGAGCCUCCGUCAAAAUUGCGGCGCAAGAAAGCGCUCCACAAGAUAAUAUGAACAUGACUGACGUGCCGGAGAGGAAAGUCACAGUAGUUGGCACCCCCGAAGCGCAGUGGAAGGCCCAGUACUUAAUUUUCGAGAAAAUCCGUGAAGAGUACGCUUUUGGCUACGACGACGUCAAGCUAACGGUCGAGGUCCUGAUUCCUUCAUCCCAGGUGGGCCGUUUGAUAGGAAAAGGUGGCCAAAACGUACGCGAUCUUCAACGCCAGACCGGUGCCAGUAUCAAGUUGCCACAGCUAGGCGCUACGCAAGAUGAGGAAACCACCGUUCAAAUCAUGGGACAAUUCUAUGCCGUUCAGUCUGCCCAGCGUCGAAUCAGAUCAAUGGUGCAGUCAUCAGUUGCUCCUCCUUACAUGAUGGGAGGUGGCAGAAGAAGUGGGUCCCCCAGGGGCAUGAUGACCCAGCAAUAGUACUGCUAAGCUGCAGUGUCUGACUGCAGCCAUGGUGCAGUACCAGCUUGUACUGCAGUGCAUUUGUGGUACUCUAACAGUGCCACGAUUCAUUCCUAGUACAUUACUGCAGUCUCGCUGCAAUGACAAUGCUAAGCUGCAGCCACGGAGACCUGAGACAACUGAUGGAGGAGCUGAAACUUCGGGAGGAUGAGCUAGGGAUGCGGAAGUAAAGCCUUUGUGCAAACAAAUCCGAUGCACUUGUAUAUUUGAUCCCAUCACUUCAUCGUUCAUUUACGUUGCAGUUGUGGUAGUAGAGAUUUGCUGAUCAGCCUAAAAGGUCUCGAUUCAGUUUGUCUUGAAAAAAUGCAUCUGUGAAGAAAUUAAUUCAGUGUUUAAAGUACAUAUUGCUUAUCUUGAAAUUUUCUCGAUUCUGUGCCAUUAAAAUUUAACGUUGAGAACUGAUACUGUGCAUGAAGUGAGGUUUUGUUUGCCGGCUUUUCUUCCGCUUUCAUUGUAGUAGGUCUUGACUGGAGUUGCUACAGCGGGUGGACUCGAUAGUACAAAGCUUUUAGAGGUUUGAACUAGUGAUGCCUUCCUUCAACGCGAAGUUGACGCGUUAUGGCCCACCUCGCUAGUUAGAUGAGAGUUGAGACCUACUUGACGUAACUAUGUAUUGUUCGCAAAUGAAGAGAGUGAAGUCAUUAUUAUUAGGGUUGUACAAAAAGCUGUUGAACUAUUGACGAAACGGUUUAAAGUCUGUGAGUAUGAUGGUGUUAAAUUAUGAAUGGUUGGUUGAAGUUGAGCGCAGCUGUUACGGAGACUGUUACCGUGUUGGUGAUCCAGGAAUGAUGCUGCUACUCAGGGUUAUAUUCUGCUCAAGCUUGUAACGCGGUGGUUCUCUAGUACAAACCUCGCCAGGAACUUAGCCGGCAGUGAGAGAACCGCGGCUCUUUUAUAUGCAAAGUUAUAGCGAAGUUUAUUUUUGAUACAUUGUUGGAGUAAUUUUUGUUAAUUUUUUAACUGGAGAUAAUUAUGAGCGUAGCAUUUUUAACGAUUGCUACCUUAGAGAAGAUGGAAUAAGCUAAAAUAUCCAUUGAGAAGAAUCACCCCGAUCUUAUGAAAUAUCACGCAAGAACCUUACUACCGGAAGACUUCAACCGACUUAACCGUUGCCGCCUGGACACCGCUGUCGGCCAGACUCGUUAGUUCUUCAAAAACUGCCUCUGCAAGGACUCUGCUCUUGUCUCAACCAAGCAGUUUUUGCCGCACGCCUACCAAUCCAACCCUCCAUCCUCCUCCGUUACAGUGGGAGCUCUGCAGUUCCUCUGACGUCCGCUGAGCUGCCUUUACCGCCAUACGAUAACCUCAACCGAUAUUUUCCCUCGAUACUGACUUCUAUUUUUGGUAGUCAGUGGAAAAUGUCGAAAAUUAUUACCGAAACUGUCAUCGCAAUUGUGGAUCUGUGCAUGAACGAUGCAAUCAUAGACUGCACUUGUCCGGCUCUUGGAAGCUCUAUCACUUGGCUUCAAAUUCAUUUAUUGAAACCGCUUCAUAGUUGCCUUGGCCGCUCUGAAUUGAAAAUGCGAGUCGAGGUCUUUCUCGAUUCGCUGCAGCUUUCUGUCCAUCGUCAAUUGUUGGUUUCAUUAAGUUGUCUCCAUUACGAAGAAAGAUUGAGCGCCAAUACCGCAUUCUUCUACCAUUCCUUGUGACUUCAUGGCUUCUAACGUUACCUCUGUCAGUCUCUGACAACUACCACUUGUUGGCCUGAUAUCAUCCCGUUGCUGAAAAGUAGAGUUUCGUCGAUGGUCAUGUCAUUCCUUCUGCGUACGUUGGUAGACAACCUUACACACGCAAGCUUUCCUUAUAGUUGUUGUGUUGGUGUUAUCGAUCACCUGCGUACACGUGGGUCAGAGCAGAAAAGAAUUUAUUGUUGAGAAGUGUAUAUCUAUUAUGAAUACUAGAUUAUAUUAUCUCUGCGCGCUGCUCGGUCUGUCGUGCGAUAGCCAGAGAAAUAACUGACGGAUCAUUAUUACCUACCUCAGGGUUUCGUUCUGUGGCAUGGAAAUCGCAGUAGAGUACAAGAUCCCUUGGAUUUAUCCUUUCACUAUUGUUGGCGAUAACCAUGUCACGGCGCGCUUCGCCAGCUAUACCAGAACGAUUAUAAACAGGAACCUGAACGCACGUACAAUUCAGUACAACAAUCUAUUUUCAUCAUCGCUGUUGAUGCUGCUGCUUGUUAAAGUCGCAUUUUAUGCGACAUGUCUAGCUGGAGCCUCACUCGAGCAUUUUUCAAUAUGCUGUCAUAAAGUAGUUUCUUGUUAUUGAGCUCUGCGUUAAACAUGAAUUUGCUCUUCACAUUGAAAGUUACCCGCCUUUGUUAUCUUCACUCUAAAGUGGCAGAGUACUUUUUUCCGAAGUUAACUGAUUCAGAAGCAUCACGCUCAACGGUUAAAUUUGAAAAGAGCGAUUGAUACCCAUAAUGACUGAGCAAACUUUGUAAUAGCCUCGUAAGUCUAUACCCUCUUAACAUUACUGUAAUGUCAGGUACUUUAUUAUCUGUUUGCGGAUGUAUUAAUCUACCGAUUUAACAACUCUUCUUAGUACACUGCAUUUAAAUGAAUCUUCCGAAUUUCAUUCGUGGUUGUAUGUGCCUCAAUUUUUUUAAUAAGUUGCUUAUCAGCCGUCACGAACUACACCCUUUUUCUUGUCUAUUGCUUGUCUAUGUUGAACUCGUGGCAUUUUGAACUUCUAGUUACGACUUCUUCUGUGAACUUGCAUGGUUUUAUAGCAUUUAAGGUUGAUGAUUUGCAUUUGAACUCGUGAAGUACUCAAUAACAGCUCGGUAAGCAGCGCCACUCCCAACGCACUGAUGGUCUUCAAUCCUAUUGCUCUUCUGUGCGCUUGAAUUCUUUCUGCUUCAUCAUUUCAAACGGAGAAGAAAUACUGGGAAAUGCUUGCUUCAGGAACAGGGCAUUGAUUUUUCUGGCCUAGACCGGAACUGGUGCUAAGUUUGAUCACUGGAAUUCAACUUGCGCUGUCUUUCUGAUGGAAGUUACAGACCUGCCGCUGUUACGUUGAAACUUGAGUUUAUUUAUUUUGUUUAGUUAUUGUUUUGUGUAAGUUUAUAAGCAGGUUAAGGGUUUAAUUCCAAAGAUAGUCUAGGUGUGUUGGAAUGCCCGACGAUGCCAAGCCUGCUUAACUCUUAAUAACAAUUCUGUUCGCCAACCUUCUUGAUUCAUGCCGCCUUAUUACUACUCGUGCCCUUCUACAUGUCGUGUUUUUAUUGAGGCACGAUCAACGAAUAGUGAAUUUCACCAAACCUUACUAAAUAUUUACUGCUUUAUUAUUCAUGAAAUGAUGCUUGAACGAGAACUUGAAUCGCUUUUCACCUAACUUGUCUCGACUCGUUCGCUGGGCCAUGUCUAACCACUGGCCAGCGUCCCCCCCCUCUCGCAUGUUAAAGUUCCGUGUGCUUCGUGUUGGCUCUUGCCCCUCUCGUUUUACUGUACUUUUUGUCUCGUAUCAAAAAUUGAGCUUGGUGCUUAAAACAUUCUAGCUGUUGGCGUAGUUUGUGGUUAACUAUGUUUUUGUUCAAACUGAUGGCACUGUAUCCCACGCAGCCUCAAUGCUAUCCCUCUGUAUCUUGUAAGAAUCAAUCCUAGGACUUCCACAAAAUUGGGACACACGAAUGUUCUUAUCUUAGUUAUUUGUGCUGAAGUUUUGGAUUUCCAAAUAGAACCUGUUCCCUACAAUUCUCAUUUAAUCUUCAUUAGGAUUAUAGAAGUUUCUGUAUUCUUGUCACUCCUGCAGCCCGAUUCUUAGCAUCUCCUUCAGUCUGCUUCUUAACUGGUUUGAAAGUAAUAAACAUUUUCUGGUUA